AUGAGGGCUUUCGAGUUAACUUUGGGCUUCUCUCAGUCUCAGUUGUCUACAUUAGCAACCGUGUCUACUAUGUCCCGCAUGGGUUGCUGUCUAAUUUGGGGGUUACUGGCAGACACGUAUGGCUUGAACUUCGUACUUGGUGGUGGUUUGUUUGUGAUGGGCUUGGCUUCGAUUGUUCUAAGUUCCGCGUCGCACUACAGAUCAAUUCUGUUCUUGCGCUUCUUACACGGCUUUGGAUUUGCUUGCGUCUACCCGGUGCAACAAAAGAUUGUGUCCAAUACAACGAGCUCAAUGGAAGAGAAGAAAGAAAAGGAAUCAAAGGCGAGUGAGAUAUUCACGACAUUUCAGGCUCUGAAUUGCAUUGGAUACGUAUGGAUAUUGUUUGGUAUUGGAAUUGUAUUCGGAAUGGAAAGUAAACCAAGCAACGGAAACCAUAGGGCGAAUGGUGAUUCAAGUGAUGCCAGUUCAUCUGGAGCUAAAACAAGUUUUAAGGUGCUUUUGUUGGGUACCUUUACAGAACCUUUCACGAGGCCGAGCACAUAUAUAUUAAUAUUUACGCUCUUCAUCGCAGAAGCCCCAAUGUGUGCGUUUAAUUACAUGACCAUAUACCUUCAAUAUUUGGGAGUAUCUGACACAAUGGCAGGAGUUGCAAUCGCAGUUACGUUGAUUGGCGGCGCAGCCGGAAGUGGAGCCGGGGGAGAAAUUAUAAAGGAAAUUGCUAAAAUUCAGACAGACAAUGGUGAACUGAGUUCCGGAGUCGUAGUGAUGGGCAUCCGACUAGCCGUGUGUCUAUUAUUCUUCUUAGGUACGGCGCCAUGCGGGAAGUUGCUUUGGUAUCAUUAUGUAGAGCUGGCAACGCUGGGUGGAACAUUAGUAACGGUUGGUGGUGUAGAUAGGGCCAUGUUGAAGAAAGCAAUCGAAGAUCAGUACCAGGCAACAGCAUCUGCCGUGGUUCGAACCAUAUCUGGCAUUUCAAGUAGUGUCAUUCUCUUCCAGGUUUCCGCAUAUUUGACAGAGAAGGUGUUUGGCUACGUCCCGUCUAGGGAGUCGUUCGAAAUAAUGGAUGCGGCUGUUAAAGAACGAAAUGCCGAAGCCCUCAGGAAAUCAAUGAUGUACAUUAUUUUGGCGGGCACGUUGCUCAACGUUGUUUGCUAUGUUGCGCUGUAUUUUACGUAUGAAACGGAUAAGAUUAACAUUAAAAAUGAUGGCGACGAGCCACAGUCAUCGUCAGCAGCCGCACCACAAUCACGAUAA